AUGUUUUAUCGUGCACAUGAGCAGAUUUGGCGCUCGACGCUGGACGCCGUCGAGGACACAAGUGCCGAACCAGAGGCGCAAGCGAAGCAACCUGUGCGUGGAAAUGGAGGGGAAGCAGCCAUGGCCAGGAUCUAUGCACAGUUUCUCUCACCAGCAGAGACGCACGACGCCGUGUACGAAUCCGUGGCCGCACUCUAUCACGACGAGACGCAAUGCCGUGAAAUGGAACAGAAAAAAACUCAGCCUUUUGUGCACGGCCAAAAGCGAUCAUUCGCGUCCUUUUACUUGUUCCCGGACGCAUCACGGCGCCCCCAUGCAUUCAGACGGUCUUUUUCCUCCAGUGCACGUACCAGUGCGACUCAUGCUACACCAUAUGAGCUACUUGGGCUCGAACGCUCCGCGUCCAUCGCCGAGAUUAAGUCCAGUUAUUACGGAAUGGUUAAGCAGCUUCAUCCUGAUGUAAACAAACCCACAACAAAGAGAGAAGGGGAGGAGCGAUUGGAGAAGUUUCGCGCUGUCGUAAAAGCGUACGAGCUACUGCGGGACAAGCGGACAAAAGGCAUGUAUGAUAAAUAUGGCGUUGGGUGGGAAUAUGGGGUAGUAUCUCCUGGGCUAGGGGGGGAGCGAUUCACAUGGGCACAGCGGGGGUACAAUAGGCCCCAGAGCCCUGAGGAGUGGGACAAUUGGCACAUGUGGUCUGAGGUGCUGCGCCGUGCGGCAAAGGACCAUCCAGCGCGGAACGGUUGGCAACAUACCGCACAGAGGGGCUAUUCUUCAAACCAAUUUUACGGUUUUCCCCCAGACAUGGACCCAGAAGAGGCAAAUCGGCGUGCGGAACAGGCGGUACCUGGAAACCGCCAAUUCUUUGCUGUCAUCUUUGUCAUCGUAUGGGUCAUUGCCGCAGUCCAAAUUGAGCGGCUUACUUCACUGGGCCUCCAACAAGCUGAAACGAAUUCCAGGACGACGUUGGAGAUUUCGCGAAAUUUGCAAGACGCACGAAAGAAUGCGCGCACAACUGAAGGACAGCUACGGCAGCGUGCAUUGAUGGAGCGUAUUCGGAAAAGCAAGCUUGAGCAUGACACUAUGCCACACGCCUCUGCGAGCAUGGGUCAAGAAGUGGUCAAAGCACCGGAAUCAUCGGGCUUCUCAUAG